UGGGUGUUGGAGGGUCGCGAUCCGACUCUGGCAGAGAAGAAGAGGGGUGGGGGGCGGUAGCAGCGCAGCGAGCGCCUCUGCGCCGCUCCGAUGGCGACACGGACCGAGCGAGGCGCUGACUCCUGCUCGCGGGGCCGUACGUCCGACACCGCCGGCGGCUUCGGCGGCUUUGGCGGCGCGGCGGCGCUGACCCUCGCCCUCCUCCUCCUGCUGCUCGCCACCCCGUGGCCGGGGGCCCUCGCUUGCUCCGGGCUGGCCGUGAACGAGUGCAGCUGCGCCGAGGAGCGUGCCAAGGGGCCCGCGCGGCACGCGGCUGCGCGCAGAGUGACCUGCUCGAGCGGCUCGCUCGGCGAGGUGCUGCCGCCCGGCGUGUUGCCCGCUCGCACCGUCACGCUGAUCCUUAGCAACAACAGGAUUUCUCAGCUGAAGAACGGCUCCUUCUAUGGACUGAACUACUUGGAGAGAUUGGACCUCAAGAACAAUCUCAUCAGCACGAUCGAGCCGGGGGCUUUUCUCGGGUUGUCCGAGCUCAAACGGCUGGAUCUUUCGAACAACAGAAUCGGCUGCCUGAGCUCGGAGACGUUUGUGGGACUCGCCAGCCUCACGCGACUGAAUCUGUCCGGGAACAUUUUUAACACGAUCCCCCAAGGGACCCUGGACGUCCUUCAAGGCCUCAAGUUCCUGGAGUUUGAGAGCGAGUGGUUGCUGUGCGACUGCGGCCUGCGCUGGCUACCCGGACACCUGCGCAACCGCUCGGUGCGCCUGUCGGAGCCCACGCGCUGCCCCUACCCCCGCGCGCUCCGCGGAAUCCCCGUGCGUGCGCUGCAGGAGACGCAGCUCAACUGCGACGGCCCCCUGGAGCUGCCGACGCUGCAGCUCAUCCCGUCGUCGAACCAGGUGGUGUUCCGCGGCGACCGCCUCCCGCUGCAGUGCACCGCCACGUGGGUGGACGCCAGCACGAGGGUGGAGUGGCACCUCGACGGGAACCCCGUGGGGGCCACGGUGGACGGAGCCACCGUGCUGCUUGAGAACAGCACCGUCCACGACUGCACGCUCAUCUCCAGUGGGCUCAUGCUGCCGGACGUGAGCGUGGGGAUGUCUGGCCGUUGGGAGUGCGUGGUGAGCACCUCGCGUGGCAACGCGAGCCGCGCCGUCGACAUCAUCGUCCUGGAGAACUCGUCGCUGCACUGCCCCGCCGAGCGGCUCGUCAACAACAAGGGCGACUUCAGGUGGCCGCGGACGCUGGCGGGCAUCACGGCCACGCUGCCAUGCCCCCACCACCAGCCGCUAGCAUCCGUCGGGCUCGCUGGUUCGCCAGUCCCUGCCGGCGGCGGCGGCGGUGGCGGUGGCUCCUCCGGUGGUGGUGGUGGUUCCGGUGCGCUGGUGGCGUCGCGGAGGUGUGACCGCACAGGGCAGUGGGUGGACGGGGACCACGCGAGCUGCCAGUACGCCAACGAGCAUACGCGGCUCCUGCACACGUUCACUCAGAUGCCGGUGAACGCCACCACGGCGCCGAUGCUCGCUCAGCAGCUGCUGCCGUGCAUCUCGGCAGCGCCAGGCCUCGCCGACAAGAUGGACGUUGUGUUCGUGGCGCAGAUGCUGGAGUUCACGACGUUUUCGGACCGGAGCAGAGAGCUCGGCGAGCUGAUCGUGGACAUGGCGAGCGCCGCGAUGGGUGCCGACGAGGCAGUGCUUGUCGCUGCGCAGGUCGAGGCACGGGCCUGCAGCCGCAUCGUGGCCAGCGUGGAGCGCUUCGCUCGCCAGGCUCUGCUCGGGGGGGCCCAGGACUUCAAUAAGUUCUCGGCAAACAUCGCGAUGACCGCCCUGCGCAUCAAGCCGUCCAGCUUCUCGGGCCUCACGUGCACGGCGUUCCGCAAGACGGCGAGCUACGACCGCCUCGCGGUGACCGCCCCGCGUGACAGCGCCGGCAGGGAAGCCGCGCCCUUCGCUGCCGACGGCGGUGGCGGCGUCGGCGCCUCUGGAAGCUACAGCGGCAGCGGCGGCUUUGACCAGCAGCUCAGCUUCAAGUGCAACGCGGGAAACCUGACCCACUCGCUGCUCCACUUCCCCGGCAAGAACACGGUGGCCGAGGCGUCGGUGCAGCUGCCUCCGACGCUGCUGGGCGGCCCAGCGGGGCCCGGCGCGGGCUGGGGUUCCCGCGCGCCGGUGCCCCUCCCCGGCAGCCCCGGAGACAACACCUGCCUCCUGCAGCUGGUGGUCUUCCGCAACGGGCGGCUCUUCCCGCCGGCAGGGAACGCGUCCGACGCGGCCGACGCCGGCCGGCGCAGGGCGGUGGUGACGCCCGUGCUCUACCUCAACAUCGACGGCCUCAGCGCCGACGACCUGGUGGACUGGGUGGCCGUGUCGCUGCGCCGUUUCUCGCCCGGCACGGACCCCGUGGCGGCACUGUGGGACCCCGAGGCCCGGGGCGGGCGCGGAGCCUGGGGCCUGCAGGGCUGCCGGCCUGACGGCUCGGAGGGCAACGUCACCACCCUGCGCUGCGGCCGCCUCGGCAACUACGCCGUGCUCAUGGACGUGGUGGCGGCCGGCGCAGGGGAGCAGGCGGCAGUGCGGCUGCUCCACCCGGCCGUGUACGUGUGCUCGGCCCUGCUGCUGCUGUGCCUGCUCGCGCUGAUCACCACCUACGUCCUGCAUCACAGGGUGAUCCGCGUUGGCCACAAGAGCUGGCACAUGCUGCUGAGCCUGUGGCUGCACCUGGCUCUCGGCACAGCCAUCUUCGCGGGAGGCAUCAACCGCACGCAGCCCGCCGUCGUCUGCCAGGCCGUGGGCAUCGCGCUGCACUACGCAUCGCUCGCGUCGCUGCUGUGGCUUGGAAUCCUGGCGCGGAACCUGUGCAAGCAGCUGCGUGGCUGGAGGGCGCCGCCCCAGGCCGGAGACGCCGCGCCGGGCCCGCAGCCCCGGCCCAUGCUCCGGUUUUAUCUGAUCGGAGGAGGAAUUCCCAUCAUCAUAUGCGGCAUCACGGCGGCGGCGAACAUCAAAAACUACGGCAGCACCGACAGCUCUCCCUACUGCUGGAUGGCGUGGGAGCCCAGCCUUGGAGCCUUCUACGGCCCCGCAGCCUUCGUCACUGCCAUCGCGUGCAUCUACUUCUCCUGCGCGCUCGCCCGCCUGCGCAGGAUGCGCUCUCGAUGCAAACGUGAGGCCCUGAAGGAGUCGCAGGCCAUCGGCGGCGCCACCACCGUCAUCGCCGUCGCCAACGGCAGGGACAACGACAACAAUGAAGAGGAGAAAGAACGGGGCGGCUGUGGCCCGGUCGGCCCGGUGAGCCUGCCGGAGCAGGCCCUCGCUCGCCCCGAAGCGACGGACUCGGCGUCGGCGUCGCAAGCGGAGGCGCCGGCCGAGGCGCCGGAGGACGAGCUGCCGCCGGGGGCGCGCCUCGCGGGGCUUGCCGGCACGUUCCUCGCGGCGACGGCCGCCUGGGCCUUCGGGGCGCUGGCCGUCGCUCACCGGGACGGGAGGGUCGAGUCACACGCGUACGCGGCGCUCUACGCCGCCUCCACGACGGCGCUCGGCCUCUUCCUGCUGGCGCACCACGGCGCGCGGCGCAGGGACGUGUGGCAGUGCUGGCGCGCGCGCUGCCCCCGGCGGGCCCCCGGGCGCGACUACACGCUGCAGCUAGGCACCGGCUCCAGGCUGCCGUCCGGGACGUCGCUCACCAUCAACGGCUCGGGCCCCGCCACCGGAUGCGGCAGCGGCGAUUCGUCGGUGGCCGAGAAGUCCCACUCCACCGCAACCAACGGCAGCAAGCUGACCAACCUGCAGGUGGCGCGGAGCCGAGGCCUGGCACCGAUGGCGCCUUUGCCCUGCGACGCCAACAGCCUCACGGAGCACUCCAUCGACCGCGACCUCAACAUGCACGUCGUUCCCGUAGAGUGCGCCAUGGCGGCCGCGGCGUCUGCGGCGGCGGUGCAGGGAGGGCAGCACAGAGCCAGCGGCAAUGGGCACGCCGGGCGCCACUCGGGCGCGAGAUCCGGAGGCGGCAGCCGCUCCAGGGCGGGCGGCAACAGCGGCGGCGGUGGCGGCGGCAGCUCGCUGUCCCACGGGCAGCAGCAGACGCAGGCGCAGAAGCAGAGGGCCAGCCGACUGGCCGUGCUGCGCGAGUACGCGUACGACGUGCCGACCAGCGUCGACGGCGAGGAGAGCGGCGACCGCGCCGCGGUCGGCGGCGCCGCUCUCGCGGCCGGCGGCGACCAGGACGGCCACCGGGACCGCAGCGGCGCCGCCGCUGCGGCCCCGGCGGCGGCCGCGGCGGCGGCCAGAGCGACGGCGCCGACGUCGGCAUCGCUCGCAAGCCACGGCAGGAGCCGCAGGUGCCGGCUGAAGACGCGGGCGAGGGCCAGGGCUUCGAGCGAGGCGCUGCAGGCCACGGGCGUCGACGCCAGGCCCGGCGCGGCGGCCACCGGACUGAGCCAGCAGGAGAGCAGUGACAACGCGAGCACGCUGCCGUGCAGGAGCAGCGACGAGGGCAGCGGACGGUCGGGCCAGCUGGCAGAGUGGCCGCUCCGCUCGCCCUCGUCCACCGAGGCGGUGGACCGGGCGCCGGGAGGGGGAGGAGGGGGAGCACCGGCUACAACAUCCGACAGAACCAUCACCAUCGAGCUGGGCACGCGGGAGCGGCGCUCGCACGGCCUCAACCUGGCGAGCCAGAACGGAGCGCUUCAGGGGAGCCGGCAGAGCAUCGGCCUGCUCAGCUCCGACAGCAUGGCCAGCGUGCGGACUGGCCACUGGAAGAACGAGACCACCGUGUAGCGUCACGCGCGUGUGCGAAAACGCCCGUGCACACGUUAAAUCAGUGUGCGAGCGUGCUCGUGCCUAUGUGCGCGUGUGUGUGUUUUCACAUAUAUAUGCACGAUGCGCAAGUUUGUGUACAGUGUGUUAUGUACGUUACAGGAACUUCUUCGUUGUAAUAUAGAGUUUGUCACUUUGGGUUUUCAGUCUGUUUUUACCACUUGCACACAAGUUGUUCGGUGGCGCUCGAGAGACGUGAUGAAGACGUCGGCGUGAACCUCUCCUUGUUGUCUCCGGGUCGUUUUUGCCGCUGCAGCCCCCACUCGCAAACCCUCCAGCGCCCGUUGUCAUCGUCUGCGUACAAAGACCAAAGAUGCACUUAGACUAUUUCAUUUGUUGCAAUCGCGACGUUUUUUUAUUUAAAGAAGAAACGGCCGUUCAGAUCCUCCAAGUGCCUUACGAGAAAAACUUCAACGAUGCUGCAAAGUUUUUGUCAAGUUUGUCACGACGUAUAGCAGGGUUGAGCUCUUUAGCUCGUGGACUAAAUGAUUACCGCAGCAGUAUUGCAAUUGUUUCGUUGUGUUUAAGAGAAAUGUCUGUGUGAAUAGCUACGCAUUCGGAAUCGAUGACCGAAAGUCACACUUUUUUACCGAUGCUGAACAUUAGCAAAUGAAUUUAUUACGAGAACAAAUGAAUAUCGAAGCUUGUGAAACAAGAGCGGAAUCAUUUGAGACACGGGGGACCGAACAGCACGUGCAGGCGCUGUCACCUGAAUGCGUCACUCCUCUGCGGUUUUCUUUUCUUUGAAAUAAGCACUCGUCAACAAAUCUGCUGCUGAAGACUCUUCGCAAUACGGACUCUGCGCGGCCGCCUGUUCCGCCGAUCGCGUGUGCGCCCGUCGCUGGAUUCCACAACAGCCGCUCCAGAGUUGCUUUUCAAAGCACGGGGCGGUGCGGUCGUCGAAACUCAACAUUGCCCGCCUGUGAACACUUCGCGCGCCCGAAAGUGAGGAAAGCGAUCAACGAAAACCCAAGAAGCGCGAGGGUGAGACGUCGCGUGUCGAGGCUGAAGACAAUCAGUGGAGGUGUUGGCGAAGGACCGCGUGCGACGCCCCUCAAUCCUUAGUUCGGGGUGUCGUGGUGACCCACUAUUCUCCGCCUUUCCACGUCGUUUACUGAUCUCCGUUCGAUGACAGAUGAAGUCACUUACAAGCUGCGUGCGCCUGAUGAUUGGUAAAAACGUUAUUCAGAGAGCGCCAACUCAGAUCGGGAUGGACAUGGGUUUGUGCAUUGAGCGUGCAUUUGUACAGUGCCGGAUUAAACUAGUACGGGACCUGUAGCAUAUGUUAUACAGGGGCCCUAAAUAAAAAAAAAAACUUUAAUAAUUAAAACACAUAUUUAACUCGCAUAGUAAAGUAAUUGUUUUUUUGCAUUUGCUACAAAGCCAGAAAAUACGACAAAUCGCUAACCUUAAACACCCAGUCGUUCGUAAAAGUUGAAGGCGGUAUAGUACUACAGUAAUAGAGCAAGCGCAGAGUCACUGACUCGGAAUUGAUAGCUUGAAAGCAUUUGGCGCGGGGCCCUUGACAGUGCGGGGCCCGUAGCAUAUGUAGCUACUUGUGCUACUAUGAUAAUCCGGCACUGCAUUUGUGUUCCCCGUGACAAAGAGAGCUCUGAAUAAAAUUAAGAUAAGAGGUCAUGUGUGUGUGCGUCCGACGUGACGUAGAGGACACCGCUUCAGAUUAACAGCAAGCAGACAAUACGUCUCGUUCACGUAUCCCUUUUUCCGUGUUAAAAUGUCAGAGUAUUUCUCAGCCGCACAGCCUUGUCGGAGUGCAUGAUUUCAGCUGCGUUGUUUCGAGACGAGCAAACUCUGGGCCGGUUUCGACGCACAGUGUCUCAUCAGCAGAGUCGGGCUUAUUUUGAGAUAUGCAUCAACUUAAAGGCUGUUUUUACUUCACACGGGAGACAAACAACAAAGACAAAGAUCCCCCGUAUAGCCUUAACAGACUGUAGGGGCAAGUGCUGUUAGUGAGCACCUAUGAAGGCCGGCACGGGACACGAGGGAGUGGGUGGCCAGCACCACGCCCGACAGCCUUUGUCUCCCUCGUGGAGAUGUUUACACACAGCACCAGGUACUCAUUUGCGGCUGAGUCGACCUCGGGGAGACCCACAGCCGGUUUAGAUAAUCGUCACCUGGUGUUGGCUGUGAGCGGGAAUCAAACUCGGGCCGCUGGGUUUUGUAGCACAGAGCGCUGCCGCUGCGUGAGAGGCACACACAUGCGACUUAAAUUGCACAUUAUCUCCAUUGUUACUCUUAGGUUAUUUCGGUAAAGUCACGUAGGUAAAAAUAAAUAAUAAUAAUAAAUAAUAGAAAUAAUAGAAAUAAAAUAAUUCUUACAAAAUAAUUAUUUUAUUAUUAUUGCAUUAAUACUAAUUAUUUUAUUCAUAUUAUUAUUUCUAUUAUUUAAAUAAUGUAUUUAUUAUUUAUUUAUUUCCUACGUGGCUUUACCGAAAAAACCUAAGAGUAUGAAUACUUGCAGUCACGAAAGCUUCAAAUCGAGAAUCUCCAUUGUUAUUUGAAUUGGCCCUUUCUUCGUCACGUGGGCGUGUUCACCAAUCAUCAGACGCGUGCAGCGUGGAACGACUUGUAUGUGAAGGGAGUGUUCGAAGGGGGGAAGAUUGGUGUUCAUGGAAAAAUGUGAACAGUGGGUCACGGGGACAUGAAUUUGAGAAACCCUGCCUUAGUUAAAUGCAUGAUAUGAAGGAACCCUUUUAAUGUACGGCACUGUGUGCGUUAGGCACUCGCCAGUAUUUGCAAUAGAAUUAAAACCGAUACGCGAUGAUUCGUGCUGUGGAAAUUGUGCAGUAGGAUCUAAAUGAAUUGGGGAAUCCAAAUGUGAUGGAGGGAUGGAUGGUAUUAUCCUUGUUGCUGUGGAGAAGAUCACCUACCUGUUUAUGCAAAGUCAGUCGUUUAAUGGUACUUACAAAAAAGAGUGGGAAGGAAAUGAGCACGAAACGCGUCAGUGGUAUAUUCACAGUUCGGCAGUGUUGCCCCUGUGCCGUCAUUUUUUUGUUUCCCCUGUUUAAACAAAUAAUUUAAUAUAUAAUUCAUAAAUUAACAUUCAGUCUACUUUGUCCUUUUUUUUGUUAAGCAUGAUAAAUCUCCUUUAAGCUGCAUUCGGUGUUGUAUUUAAUUGCCGUGUAAUUGUAAGAAAUAAAAGCAUUAUUUUUGAAACUUUACGAA